UUCUACCAAUGAGUUGUACUUCGAUUGCUCACACAAUUACGUUUUUAAUACUCUCAAUUGUUAUAUGUAGGCCUAUGGAUUAUGAAUUGCACACUGUUGCUCAUUAUUUUAAAUUUGGCAUGUGAAUGGAGCAGAACAGAAACUCCAAGGAGAGGUCAGUCUGCCUUUCCAUUAUAUGGAAAAAAAAACUAUUUUCCGAAAGUGAAAUACUUUGUCUCUUCUCUAACAUGUAGGCUCGGCAUUCCGGAACAGUCCCACUCCAAUCAAAUCAAAUAGUUUUUGUCACAUUCUCCGAAUACAACCUUGUCGUGAAAUGCUUACUUACAAGCCCUUAACCAGCAAUACAGUUUUAGGAAAAUAAGAGUUAAAGUAUUUACUAAAUAAACUAAAGUUAAUAAAAUACAAGAGUAACAAUAAAAUAACAAUAACAAGGCUAUAUACAGGUGGUACCGGUACCAAGUCAAUGUGCGGGGGGUACAGGUUGUGGUAAUGACCAGCUGACCAACAGCACCAGCUGUUAUUGACAAACAGACCACCACCCCUUGUCUUAUCGGAGGCAGCUGUUCUGUCUUGCCGAUGCACAGAAUACCCAGCCAACUGUAUAUUAUCCAUGUCGUUCAUAUCAAAUCAAAUUAUAUUGGUCACAUACACGUGUUUAGCAGAUGUUUUUGCGGGUGUAGCGAAAUGCUUGUGUUUCUAUCUCCGGCAGUGCAAUAAUAUCUAACAAGUAAUAUCUAGCAAUUUCCCAACAUAUACCUAAUACACACAAAUCUAAUUAAGGAAUGGGAUUAAGAAUAUAUACAAAUGUGGAUGAGCAAUGUCAGAGUGGCAUAGACUAAGAUACAGUAGAAUAUUAUAGAAUACAGUGUAAACAUAUGAGAUGAGUAAUGCAAGAUAUGUAAACAUUAUUAAAGUGACUCGUGUUCCAUUUAAGUGGCCAGUGAUUUCAAGUCUAUGUAUAUAGGCAGCGUCCUCUAUGUGCUUGUGGUGGCUAUUUAACAGUCUGAUGGCCUUGAGAUAGAAGCUGUUUUUCAGUCCAAGGUUUCUCAGUCCAAGCUUUGAUGAGCCUGUACUAACCUCGCCUUCUGGAUAAUAGCAUGGUGAACAGGCAGUGGCUCUGGAUCUUUUUGGCCUUCCUGCGACAGCGGUCGCUGUAGGUGUCCUGGAGAGCAGGUAGUUUGCCCCUGGUGAUGCAUUGGGCAGAACGCACCACCCUCUGCAGGGUCCUGCGGUUGCAGAAGGUGCAGUUACCGUACCAAGUGGUGAUGCAGCCCAACAGGAUGCUCUCAAUUGUGCAUCUCUAAAAGUUUGCGAGGGUUUUAGGUGCCUCGACUCAGUGAAACAUAAGAUAUUCGUUUUUAAUAUCCCGUUGGUAGGAUAGUCUUGAACAAAGCUCAUCCAGUUUAUUCUCCAAUCAUUACAAGUCAGAAUGUUGAAAUGGUGAUAACUUCAUUUUAACUCACUUGACCGGUUGUCUGCCGAUUUUUGUCCUUAUGUUGACGGUAAUCUGGGACAAAAUAUCCACAGGGAAGCGUUAUCAACCUGCUGGUCGUUAUAUUGGUUUAUCGCACGCGACAAACACUUGCACGAUAUGGCUGAGCGUAACCAAACCACAGACAGAACAUUGUCCCACGCAAUUAGCCUGCAAAUUUCACAACCACUUCCAGCUGAUUGCGGGGAAACGUGCUUUGGUCAACUACGUUCGGUUACAUUCGGCUAUUGUUUACAUAUUGUGCAUGAUGUGCAAUGUGUCAGAAGAUUGCAAAUUCAAACCACAGAACCUACUGGCGAAGCAAAAAGUCAGCUAAACACUUUCCUGUGGAUACCCCAUCUCCACCUCCUAACAGCAAAACUAACAGCAUGGACAACCUGUAAAGCCAACUUCUUUGAUGAGUAUCAGCUGGAAGGUGUGGCGCCUGACGCUAAUGAGAUCUGCCUAGAGGUGACCCCCGAAAACCUUUCCAGGGCUCUGAGAACCUCUCAGAAUGCCAAGUGUGUGAAGAUCAAACUGACCAAGAAGCACUGUCCUUGUCUCACUCUCGUUGCAGAACUGCCAACACUUUCCAGCGUCAGUCGUGUUGUCACCCAUGACAUCCCGGUGGACGUGAUACCCAGAAGGCUUUGGCACGACUUCAAAGAGCCCAGAAUGCCAGACUUUGACGUGAGCAUAUAUUUGCCUCCACUGAAAACUAUGAAAAAUGUUGUGGAUCGAAUGAAGAAUCUCUCUAACUUUCUGGUGAUGGAGGCCAACCUGAAUGGAGAGAUGAACCUGAAGAUUGAAACUGACCUGGUGUCUGUCACCACCCACUUCAAAGACCUGGGUAAUCCUCCCUGGGGUGACGAUGGUUCUCAGGGGCGCAGUCAGAGCAGAGACCCUGAGGUCAUGGCCCACACCCGCGUGGACAUCCGCAAGCUGCAACAGUUCCUCGUGGGCCAGCAGGUCAACCCCAGCAAGGCAAUGUGCAAUAUUGUCCACAAGAGGAUCAUUCAUUUGAUUCUACUACAUGAAGACGUGUCUCUGCAAUACUUCAUCCCAGCGGUGGCCUAGCAAGACAAACGUUGUCUAACACAAAAGUCAGCUGAGAAGGUUUGUUUUCUUCAGGAUCAAAUUGGCCAUCCCUCCUACUGAAGGGCUAGUGUGUAGGUAUGUUUUUGAUUCAACCCCAUCGUAACACACCUCGUUCAGCUAAUCUAGGUGCUAAUGAGCAGUAGAAUCAGGUGUGCUAGCUAAGGGUUGGAAAGAAAGCUUGCAGGACGGUAGCUCUCCAGGAGGAGGGAUGGGUGAUCCUAGACUACACAUUCCAUUCAUUUGAGAAGUUGUGGUUGAUUUAAGAUGACAUGAAAACAUGUGAAAAGCUUGUAAAAUCAACACUGCCGUCAUGCACUUCCAAAAGUAUAACUUAUUCUCAGUGGAAUUUCAUCUUUAAAAUGUAAAAGGUGUACUCUUAGACCUCGAACAAAGUUUGUAUGUUAUAGUUUAGUAUUUUAUGUAAUACGCUUACAAAUCUCAAGGCCUUAAAUGUAUUGUCUAUGUAUGUUGCUACUGUAUUGCUGUAAAUAGUUUAAUAAUUCCACUCAAGAUGUAGCUACACGCUCAGCCUUCAUGCAUUGUAUGUACUAUUAAUAAAACAUUUUUUAUUUUA